CGAGGUUUUGACGGUCCCGGGGGGUGUUUGCAGGAGGGAAUUCCAACGGGGGCUGGAGCUGCAGGGGUGAAAUGGCUGCGAAGGUGUUUGAGAGCAUCGGGAAGCUCGGCCUGGGCUUGGCUGUUGCAGGUGGAGUCGUGAAUUCUGCUCUGUACAACGUGGAUGCAGGACACAGGGCCGUGAUCUUCGACCGGUUCCGAGGGGUGCAGGACGUGGUGGUGGGGGAAGGGACCCACUUCCUGAUCCCCUGGGUGCAGAAGCCCAUCAUCUUCGACUGCCGCUCCCGCCCCCGCAACAUCCCCGUCAUCACCGGCAGCAAAGGUGAGCCCUGGGGUGGGGAACGGCGGGACUGGGGCUUCCCUGGCUUUGAUCCCUCCUGCUGGGUGUGGAGAUGGGCCCUAAAGCAACGGGCCGAGGACAUCGCGUACCAGCUCUCGCGCUCCCGCAACAUCACCUACCUGCCCUCCGGACAGUCCGUGCUCCUCCAGCUGCCUCAGUGAGCCCGGCGGCCUCCGCCCUGCCGGCUCAGCCCUCUCCAAAACCAAAUCAUCGCGGUUUCCUCGUUGGUAAAAGCAGAGGAAACGGAAAUCAACCCCUCUUUCGAAUUGGUAAUCCAAUAAAAGCGAACGCGCGUUGACACCAGAGCUGCGUUUCCUCCCACGGGCGGCAGAGCUGUGGCUUCACCGACCACUCGAGGUUUGAGAAUUGCCCCUUUCCAGGCAGUCUGAGCACCGGGAGCAGAGUUUCCCAUCUGCUCCCCCCUGGGAUGAGCAGGUAGCCCGGGUGACUCCCUGUGCCGGACCCAUCAGGGCUCUCGGCUGCCUCAGUGCCUUCAGGCUGCUAUGGCCUGGCAGGGCCUGGACUGUGGGACAGGGCUCGCCCUCCAGCCAGCCAGUCCUUUUCCAGGGUCACCUGAGAGCAAAAGGACUCCUCAGCUUGGGGCAGUGGCUCUGCUGUGCCUGUGGGAAGCACAGCCCUGGCAGCUGGGGGCACAGCUCCGUGCUGGGUGAGGAGAUUCCCCCUGUGCAGUGCAUGGAUUCCAGGCACGGAGGGGAAGGUGGCUCCUCUGCAGGGAAUCCUGCUGCAAUCAGGACCUCUCUUCCCCCUGUUGCUGCCCCCUGCUCUGUUCCUCCUGCCCCGUGGGGUGCUCCCCCAGGCCAGCCCUGGCACAGGGAGGGGUCACUCGGUGCUCUGUGGCUCAGGCAGUCAGGGGUGGGCAGAAUUCUGUUACAUCAACGCUCUUUUUUAUUUCGGGAGGCCGAGUUGUGAGGAGAUGUGAUGGGGGAGAUUGUGUAACCAGCCUUCAAUAAAUGUCACAGGCCCGAGG